AUGAUACACGCUGUAUUAAUAUUUAACAAGAAAUGCCAACCGAGACUAAUUAAGUUUUAUACUCCAGUAGAACUUAGCAAACAGAAAUUGCUAUUGGAACAAGUCUACGAAUUGAUAUCUCAACGAAAUAAUGAUUUCCAGAGUUCUUUUCUAGUAACUCCUCCAUCUCUAUUUCCAAACACUGCUGAUAAUGACGAAGAUAUUCAAAUUAUUUAUAAAAACUACGCGACUCUGUACUUCACAUUCAUUGUUGAUGACCAGGAAUCAGAACUAGCCAUUUUAGAUUUAAUCCAAACAUUUGUAGAGUCUUUGGAUCGCUGCUUUACUGAAGUUAACGAGCUAGACCUAAUCUUUAAUUGGCAAACAUUACAAAGUGUGUUAGAAGAGAUAAUACAAGGUGGUAUGGUCAUCGAAACUAAUGUUGCUAAAAUAGUAAGCUCAGUAGAUGAACUAAAUAAGGCUUCAGAGGCUUCGAAUACCAGCAGUAUUGGAAGUGGGUUUAGCAAUGUAUUACAGACAUUCACGCAAGGUGGAUUUGCCCAAUGGGCAUCCGGACAAUAA